AUGUCUGCACCUCAGCAAUUUUUAGCAUCAAUUUAUAAAGCUGAGCCAAUUGAGAUUUAUCGAAUUUUACAAAGAAGUAGAAUUGAACCUUUCACAAUCUAUGACUCUCGUGGAUACACAGCUCUUCACAUAGCUAGUCUAAAUGGAAAUUAUGCAGUUAUUCAGUUUUUGGUAGAAUAUGUAAGCUUCAAUUAGGUUAAAGAAGUCUACGGAAGUCAGGCUUGUCAGCACCUAUCAGAUUGAGCCAACAUGAAAACUGAUGAAGGCUUCUUAAUCUUAAUUUUAAUUAGUAGAUGGGUGUGGCCAUAUUGGUUAUGCAGUCACAAAGGACUCUUGUGGAUUCAUCCACUUUGCGAAAUCCGCAGUCGGUAUAGUUGAUCGAUUGAGAUGACUUGGCUGGCAAGUUGCCUCUGACACCACCUUACUCCUUUUCUAGACCCUGAUAGCAUGAAAAUCUGGACUACCGUGAACUGAGCAUGCCUCCUGCUUGCCUCGCGGCUCCAAUGUUGAGUGGGAGAACUAUGAACUUCUACAGCCCUCUCUAGCGAUUCAGAAGUAGCUUGAUUCAGGGAGAAAGUCAGGAGUCUAAUGGGUGUUGGAUACUUGCUGGAGUAAACAAAGCCAUUGGAAAAACCCUAUUUUUUCCCUCGGGAGCGAAACAAAAUUUUUUUAUUAAAAAAAAAUAUUUUGUUAUAUAAGUGAUAAUUAGUAUAAUGAAAUCUCUAGCUAAUUCUGUUUAAUUUUAAGCCACUUUCAUUUUAAUACAUAAAUUUAACAAAUUAAAUUAAUAUUUGUUUUCCAAUUUUUACGAAUUGGGAUUUUUUUACAUAUCGGAAAAAAAAUUUUACUAUAAUAUUUUUUUUUUUUUAAAACAAAAAAAUUAACCUCCCUCAAGUGAACAAUCGCUAACGGAGGGGGAGUUAGUAGCGAUAGGAAAAAGCCUUAAUCCAUGGCCCAGGCUGCAACCCUUACUCCCCCCCCCUCCGUGAGUGAACAAAACCAUUAGAAAAAUCCCUAUUUUUUGCCCAAAAACCCACCCUCCGUGAGUGAACAAAAAUUUUUUAUGGAAAAAACUUUUGAUAUAUAAAUGAUAAUUACUAUAAUGAAAUAUAGAGCUAAUUCUGUUUAAUUUUGAACGAAUUGCUUUUUUAAAACAUAAAAUUUAUAAAUUAAAUUAAUUUUUGCUUUCCAAUACUUGCGAAUUAGGAUUUUUUUAAAUUUCGAAAAAAAAUAUUUUUUAUAAAAUUUAUAUAUAAAUUGUUUUAAAACAAAAAAAUUAACCCCCCUCCGUGAGUGAACAAAAUUUUUUUGUUCACUCACGGAGGGGGGGGAGUUAGUAAUGCGAUGAUAUGCAAUUUUAGAUAGACGGUAAACAUCAGGUUUUAAGGUGACCUUGGCGUGCCAAAAGAAAAUGUUUAUACUUAACCUUAAAGAGAGUUCUUGUCAUACGGCCCCAGUGCCUGAUAUAUGGAAAUCUGAAUUGUCCUUACAUUUUGAUAGCUUGUAGGCUGAUUUUCAGAAAACAUUUUUUAUGAGUAAUAGUCAUUAAUUUGGUAAACCAAAUUUAAUCUGGUUUACCAAAUCUGAAAUUAAUUUUUCAAGCGAAAUAAUUGGUUAAUAAAUAAAAAUAAAAUGGCAUUAACUUAUGGCAAAUAAUAAAGUUAAAAAAUAUUUCAAAAGUAUGAAUUUGUGCUCAAGUCCAAAGAGUGCAAAAUGAAGCACUCUUUCUCACUUAUAAUUUCCUUAAAUAUCACAUUUCCAAUCAAACCGCACCAAGAGGAAUUAGAGUUUUAAUUUUUAAGUUAAUGCCAUUUUAUUUUUCAUUUUCCGGCCAGAUUUGGUAAACCAGAUUAAAUUUGGUUUACCAAAUUAAUGACUAUUACUCAUAAAAAUGUUUUCUGAAAAUCAGCCUACAAGCUAUCAAAAUAUAAGGACAAUUCAGAUUUUCCAUAUAUCAGGCACUGGGGCCGUAUGACAAGAACUCUCUUUAAGGUUAAGUAUAAACAUUUUCUUUUGGCACGCCAAGGUCACCUUAAAACCUGAUGUUUACCGUCUAUAUAAAAUUGUAUAUCCUCUUCUGGUUCCUACGUGCGUGUCAGGUUACCUCUUUCGAAUUGCAGGAGCUGAAAAAAACCUGCUCGGAAAUACAUAAGCCCAUAUCAGACCUGAAUCUCAACUGGUUUCUCACCCAGUUCGUCUUGUCCAUAAAAUUAAGAAAAUUGCGUCAAGAGUUCGGGUGCUCUUAGGUUUACCAUUUUUACGUAUCCUGAUGAAGGCUUCACCCCACUGCAUUUUGCCGCAUUUAGAGGCCACCUCGUAAGAUCUACAUAGAAUAUCGUCAAAAAACUAAUUGAAAUUGGAGCUGAUAUAUAUGCUUUGAAUAGACAAGGGCUUGGAGUUAUGCACGUAGCUGCUCAGGCAGAUCAACCUUUAAUUUUAUCAUACUUCAAAGAGCAGAAUUUAUCUAUUGACCUUUUAGAUGAAAAAGAAGGAACUCCGCUUCACUGGGCAGCCUAUAUGGGAUGUGAAAUUUCUUCGUCACUUCUGCUUGCUUGGAAAUCGCCAGUAAAUCAUAGAGACAAAGACGGCCACACUCCUCUUCAUCUGGCCACUAUAGCUGGAAAUUCAAGGAUUGUGAGGAAUCUAUUGAUAAAAGGAGCUGACAGAAAGAUAAGAGUAACUUUAAAUUAGGACGCAAAAGGAAGAAUCCCUAUUGAUAUUGCUAAAGAAAGCAAAAACACAACGCUUAUUGCGAUGCUAAAGCCACCAACUUUGAUGUCUGAGUGUGGGCUGAAGCCUCCACUAAGACCUCCUCGGCCAGCAUAUAUAUCUGUUGGGACUUUUCUUUUCUUAUAUGGGGGCGGAUCAGUCGCAACCUUGCUAUUCAACGUGAGGUAUAUUGGUGAUAUCCUAUCUUAUGUGUAUGGCGGCAUUCUUGCAACGUCACUAUUCUUUUUUUUGUGUGUAGUCUCUAGGAAUCCUGGAUAUCUUGAAGGCGCUGUUGACGCGAACUUAUUUCAACUGUACGAUAAAUAUGAAAGCCACUUAGUCUGCCCUGACUGUAGAAUUUAUCGUCCAGCUAGAUCAAGGCAUUGCCAAUGCUGCGACAGAUGUGUAGAAAAAUUCGAUCAUCAUUGUCCAUGGGUCAACAACUGUAUAGCUGCAAGAAAUCUUGGACACUUUUUUAUUUUUAUUAAUACAGUCUGGGUUACACUUGCUUUCAGCAUUUAUGUAUGUCAAGAAGUACUUAGAAGUGAUGACACAGAGGAUGGAAUAAUUCCGCUUGACCUGUUUUACAGUAAGUUGAUUGCUGGAGCUUUAGGAAUCUUAGCACUUUUAUUUAUCAUUCCUGUGACUAUUCUUGUAGUUGUGCAUUAUCAGAAUUUUUCGAGAAAUACAACGACAAAUGAGAGAUUUUCGAAAGCUGUGAAUCGGUUAAAUGAGAAUGUAUCGGGGGCACAAGUGUCAUUUUUGAAGCCAAAUCAAAGCUUCGCACUGAAUUGUAUAGAGAUGUGCUUUAAUACAAAAAAACAUAGGAGAAAUUCUUGCGAGAUCAGGCCUACUGACUCUCCCCUUUUUAAAUUGGAACAAAAAAUUUUUUCCAACUAAAAGGGGUUGAUUUAUUUAAAAAAAUUAUUAGAAUUUUUCUCAUUUCAAAAAAUAAAAAAAAUAUAAUUGACACAAUAUUUUUUGAAUUUUAAUUUAUUUUAUGAAUAAUUAUUUUAAAAAGUUAACCGAUUCAGUAUGAAAACCGUUUAAAUAAUAUUCUACUUGAACUUUUCCCUUAAAUUAGGUCGAAAAUAAUCUUAUAAAAAUUAGAAUCUUUACUUAUAAAAUUUUCCUAUUGAAAAACAAUUGUUUUGGUUUAAAAGGGCGGAGUGAAGAGAAAUCGUUUGUGUUUAAAGAUAUUGUCGAAACUUAUAACAAGCAAGAGGCUACAGAUAUUAAUAGACUACAACUGCUAGACUUAUCUUAA